UUGACUAUCGACAGAUUCGAGGUUGCCACGAUCAUCAAGCAGCAAUAAUUAAUUUUAUCCCCCUAAAAAAGUUCAUCAACAGAUGUUCAGUUACGUGUACCCUACCCUGUAGUGUCUCCCAAACAAAUUCAUCAGAUAUCAGAGGUAUCCGGGCUUGGCAGAGUUGGGAAAUUGGACGCGUUCGACUCCCCCCAAGGAAACGAAGAAAAAAAAUAUAUCCUGUGGGCAAUGAGAUUGUGAGGUGGAAAGUGGUGAUUUUAAGUGAAGGAAUAUAUACAUAUAUAAAAUAAUAUACAAGACAUUUAUUGACGAACUGGGAUCCUGGAUGAAAUCGCGUUUAAUAAGCAGUUUAAACAAUCCAUUGCCAAAUGGAGAUUAUUUAUUGAUUGAUCAAUUAACAGAUUGAAUUUUAAACACUACAUGACUCGUUAGUUAAUCGUAAUAACUACGAAAAUGGAUAAUAACACUGAUGGCGACAACCUGAACCUGAGUUGUGGGGAAAAUGACAUGGGGGAUGAGUUAAAAAUCGGUGCUGAUGAGACAUACGAUACGAGAAGCGAGGUAUCAUCCAGCUCAUCAGACUCAGACUCGACUCAGCCGAGCAUCAGCUCAGUCUCCACAAAAUCAUCGCGUGGAGAUAACAAACGAAAUCGUAGAACUCGACUGGGUAAACGUGGUCGCUCGCGUGAGUCAAAGUCAUCGAGUCCAGAGGUAAAACGUGCCAGAUCCAAGGAUAGCAAGGGCACACCAAAAAACUACGACUACACGACUAAACUCAAUUACUUGUUUAGAGAUGCGAGAUUUUUCAUCAUCAAGUCCAACAAUGCUGAGAACAUCACGUUGUCCAAGGCGAAGGGGGUCUGGAGUACACUUCCUCAGAAUGAAGCUAAUCUCAAUCAGGCUUACAGGGAGUCGAGGAAUGUUCUCCUUGUUUUUUCGGUCAAGGAGUCAGGAAAGUUCGCGGGCUUCGCCAGGCUGAGCACUGAGUCGAGGAGAGAUGGAGCGCCCAUUUCCUGGGUAUUACCGCCAGGAUUGUCAGCAAAGGCUCUGGGGGGUGUAUUCAAGGUGGACUGGAUUUGCCGGAAAGAAUUACCAUUCACGUCUACUCUCCAUCUUUACAAUCCCUGGAAUGAUGGAAAGCAGGUGAAAAUUGGUCGCGAUGGUCAAGAGAUUGAGCCUCGAGUUGCUGAGGAACUCUGCAGAUUAUUCCCGGAGGACGAAGGCAUCGAAAUGACUCCGAUACUCCGGAGAUCGAAGGAAGCAGCGAAGAACGUGCUGAAGUCAUCUCGAAGAGUCAGAAUCGCUCGUCCAGUUGGUGUGUCAAGAUUCCUGAGGACACGUGGAGGAGCACGCGGUGGGAGGAGACUCUUCUUGACAUCUAGAUCUCGUCUGGCUUCUUUAGCCAGGAGUGGGCAGUUACCUGAUCAGAGGGGAGCUGGGGAUUACAGUAAUCGACAUUCGUCCUGGUUCAAUCGAGGAGACACGCCCUAUUCCAAGAACUACGGGGCAUCCAGUAUCGCAGCAGCAGCUGAAGCCUACGUAGCAGACUACAUGCGAACAAUGCAACACCAAUUGCCACCAUUACCCCCUUACACCACCUCCCAUGUUUAUGAUCCUAUCCCACCUCCACCUCCACCCCCACGUUACUAUGACGGCCUACCAUUGUACAGUGGCUCAAGUACCCUGGAUAAACGAAGUUACGAGCGCAGUGUCGACGAGUUCCUGUGGAGAACAGCUAAUCGUCACAGUCGUCCAAGCGACCAUCGAUCCUCCCGUGAUCACCACAGACACCGCGAUCGCAGAUGAAUCGAGUGAUAAUCUAAGGUCUCGCAAUUUUUUUAUUACUUUGAAAUCAACAAAAAUUGUUCAAUCGAUGUUAGAAUUGUCGGCAUAUCUCGAGGAGAGAAAUUAUUUUCUAACUUAGGCAUUUCGUGUAAUUGUAGACCCAUUACAAGAACUUUCAGUUUUAUUUUUCGUAUUGAAUUUGAGAGGACAAGCGAUAAUCCAUUGGCAAUCACUGCCAAUUGACUGCUUGUGGUUGAAAUUGAAUUAUCAUUUGUGGAUGAGAGUGUGUUUGAAAUUAAUGAUUAAUUUAAUUGUCAAUGGAGUAAUAUGCAGAAGGGAAUCCAGUAAUAAUUAACAGUGUGUUCUGGAUGAGUGCUGAGAAAGAUGUUUGCUAAUUACUAUCGUAAAUUAAUACACGUACUCAAUUUUUUAAGCUGUGCAGUGA